CGAUGAAGAACCUUUCCCUGCACGGCCGAGAUGUCAUCAGACCCGUUCUUCGACAACCCACCACCAGACACACAAAUCAACGACCCACAAAACGACGCUCUACAAACCUGGCUCGCCCGCCGUCAAGCAUGGCUACGAAACACCCCCAUAGGCAACGACCAACUCGAAGCAGAGAAAAUCAGAAAAGUCGAGUUCUACGCAUCGAUGAAGGGUCUGGUGGAACCCAGGUAUGAGUCGUUGUAUGAUGAGUUAUGUCUACGCGGGAAAUCGCUGAAGCAGCCCAUGAACCUCGCGACACUGAUACCGAUUCUGAAGGCUGGCUGGAUCCGGGAUGGGUUGUGGGCACAGGCUGCUGUGGAGGGCGCGGCGUACUACGAUGCGCAACGGGCGGGGAGGUGACUCGUGAGGAUUGCGGUGGUGGUGGUGGGGAUGGUUGGGAUGGUGUGGGGGAGGUAUGGCGGUUUAUGGCCGAGUGGAUGGGAAUGAGUGAGUGAUGAGGAGCUAAAGAUGAGAGGCGUGUAAUGAAGGGUUAUUAUGGAAGGAUAUAUAGAGUCUCACACACAAGAGGAUGAUAAUGCAAAACCCAGCCAUG